AUGCAAGCAGCAAUUCCUGUUAAAGAAAACAAUGACUCAUUUAUGACUUUUCGAAUAAAAUUAGAAGCCUACUUUACACUAAAUGAUAUAUCGGACAACGAGAAAAAGAGAGCAGCAUUGAUAUCGGCAUUAUCAACCUAUGACUUAAAUAAGGUUAUUUUAAAAUACGCUCCGAAGCCAAUUAAUAAAAUAAAAUACGACGAUAUGCUAGAUUCGCUAAUAGACAACGAUAAAAAAAUUGCACCAUUGGAAAGUUUUCAAUUUUAUAAACGUACCCAAAGGGACGGGGAAACCAAUUUAGAAUUUCUAAAUUCACUAAAAUCUUUGGCACUUAAAUGCAAUUUCAAAGAAAAAUAUGAAGAGAACUUAAAAAUGCAAAUAAUUAAUGGUUUAGAAAGCAAAGAUAUCACGACAAAGUUAUUACUCGAAGAAGAUAUGGGUAUAGAGGAAAUUGAAAAACUCCUUCGAACCAUGGACUUGAUAGACGAAAAGGAAAAAACAAAAGAUAUAUUUUAUUGUCAAGCCGGAAAGGAACAAGAGGAAGACAAAAUAGAAAAUAAGGAAAUAAACUAUAUACAAGACAAUAAAAGGUAUAAUAGUAAUAAUAAUAAUAACAGAGUUCAGGAACGCUACAGUGACAAUUAUCCCCACCAAACGAGAUUCGAUAACAGAUUUACUAGAUAUAAUAAUUAUGACAACUCGAGUUAUGGAAGAUAUAAUAACGUUAAUCCGCGGUACAAAUAUGAUAAUGAUAACAAAUAUAAUAAUAAUGACAACAAAUAUAAUAACAAUGAUAACUACCGAUAUAAAAAUUGUAUAUAUUCUUACGAUAAGACAAGGGGAAAUUACAACACCAACAAUAAUAACUUUAAAUACAACGACAAUCAAUAUUACAGUCAGACAAAAAAAACUUGCUUCAAAUGCGGUAGCGGUAAACAUCUGAUUAAAUAUUGCGAUCAAAGAGACAAAGAGGAAGAUAUAUCGUAUAUAUACUCGAUGGAUAUCAAAUCUUGUAAAGAAAAAUUCAAAAUCAAUUUAAAUAUAGAAGGUAAGAAAACAAACAUGAUCCUAGAUACAGGAGCAUCAGUAUCAAUCAUUUCAUUAAAGACAUGGAAUAAAAUCAACUCCAAUAAAACAAUUCAUGAUUCGGACACAAAAUUAAAGACGUACGAAGGUAACGAAAUCGCCAUCAUAGGCAGCGUGGACGUAAAAGUUCAAAUAAAAGAAACCAUAAAAUAUCUACCCUUAAUAAUAGUGAAAGCUGAUGGACCCUCAUUGGUAGGUAUAAACUGGAUAAAGGAAUUCAGAGAAUUGGUAUGGAAAGAAUCAAUAUUAGCAGGAACAGAAAACACAUACGAUAAUAAUAACAAAAUAUAUUAUGUGGAACAAGAAUUAAAAGCCCUAACGGAGAGAACCCAUAUCUCGGAAUGGGCCAGUCCUCUGGUCCCGAUAGUGAAGCCCAAUGGGAAUAUUAGGUUGUGCAUAGAUUACAAAAUAACUAUAAAUCCAUGGAUGACACCGGACAUAUACCCUAUCCCCAGAAUACAAGAAAUAUUCAACAAAUUAAGAAAAGGGGAAAAGUUUUCAACCAUUGAUUUUUCAAAUGCUUACCAUCAAAUAGUAAUAGAUUCUGAUUCGAGGAAGUAUUUAGCUAUUAACACCCACAAAGGUUUAUUCCAAUUUAAAAGAAUGCCAUUCGGAAUAACCCCGGCGUCAGCAAUAUUUCAAAGGACCAUGGACCUAAUUUUCGGGAAAAUGACGGGGGUAGCAUACUACAUUGACGAUCUAAUAAUUACCGGUUCUUAG